AUGGCCCAGCCGUUACCAAGGCCAAGAGUGAGAGUUCCAGCAGCCGCAGCGCUCCAAGGACCCGUGCAGGACCAUGACAUAUUGCUGUUACACGGAGUCGAACUCGGCGAGGAGGUCGGGAACGGAGCGUAUGCGGAGGUACGCAAGGCCAGCGUCCCGUGCGCGGCCAAAAUCCUACACGACGUUCUGGCCAGGACACCGCUCUUUCCUGGACGACACAACGAGAGGCGGGAACCGCGGAACCGCUUCGCGCAGGAGUGCCGCGUGCUCUGGAGCUGCACCCAUCCCAAUAUCGUCCGGUUUUACGGCAUGUCGUCCCAUCCGGAAACGGGACGGACCGUAUUACUGAUGGAGCUCAUGACCGAAACGCUUACCGCAUUUCUAGAAGUACGUCACAAAUGCACAGCCGUGCCUUACUACCUUCAGCUGAACAUAAGCCACAACAUAGCCAGUGGAGUAAGAUACCUUCAUUCGAGAGGCAUAGUCCACAGAGAUUUAUCCAGUAACAAUGUCCUACUCUCGAGCCCACCGCAGUUUACUGCAAAGAUUUCGGAUUUUGGAGUGAGCCUUUUGAAAGACGGACAAAAGGAGUCAUCCCUGACGCACACUAGAUGCCCAGGAACACCAGUUUACAUGCCUCCAGAGGCACUAAUGCCAGGUUCGGUCCCAAAUCCCACGGAGAAGAUGGACUCAUUUCAAAUGGGCGUCCUCAUGCUCCAGAUCGCCACGAAACUCUUUCCCUAUCCAACAAAAGAUUUUACAAAGAGAGAUGAAAACGUGCUCUCCUACAAGGUGGUCCCGGAGUGGAAACGACGCGAAUCGCACAUCGAAAUUCUCCGCAAAGUUGAGCACCCGCUGCUCGACCACCCCAUCCUAGAAUGUCUCGAAAACAGAGAAGACAAGCGACCGAGUGCUGAACUUAUUUUAGAGCAGCUUUCUGCGCUGAUGGGUGACAAGAGGUACCUGGAGAACUGCGAAAAGGCGGGAGUUCUGCCGCGAAAGCCGGCGGAAGAGGAAAAUACCGACAAAGGUUUACGGAUUUUGAAGGAAACGGUUUCAGCGUUGAGAGAGGAAAACGAGAGCCUGCGCGAUUUGCUAGAGAGGGAAAAGGAGAUGGCGGAGAGGGAGCGGGGUAGGAAUUUAGCAGACAGGAAUCGGCUGCAGCAGGAGGCACAAGGAAGGCAGGCACUACAGGCGGAGCAGGGGAGGGUUCGAACAUUGGAGUAUGAACUACAGUGCCUGAGAGCUCAACAAGUGGGAGACAAGGACAACCUGCAAGGCCAGGAGAGGUUGUGCACUCAACUGCAGCAAAGAAUGGUAUCUGUGGAAGAGGAAAACAAGAGAUUGAGGCAGAUACACAGCCAACAAGAGAGCGAGAUUCGCACACUGGGUCAGAGAAGAAAUGAUCAACUGGUUCAGUACAACAGUCAGCUAGUCCAGCAACUAGAGCAUCAGACAAGGCUGCAGACAGCUCAGGCGCAGGAAUGUGAACGAUUGAAGCAGCAGCUACAGCAGCAAGCGAUAGCGAGAACGGCUCUAGCCCAGGAAAAUGAACGCCUGGCGCAGCAGCUAGCUCACUACAAUGGCCAAUUACAGGAGCAGAUUAGAGCCAGUACAGCCCUGGCCCUGGAAAACGAGCAACUGACAAAGCAAGUAGAACGCCUGCGAGCUAACCAAUCUUUGUUUCAAGAGCCGAGAUGUCACGUCGUUGCCUUUCCAAAGAAACCGACUACGGUCGGUCGCAGUUGCACGAUCAAAUUAGAGGCAUGCGACCUCGCAGGGAACCCAGGGUUGCUGUCUCAAAAUGACCCAAUCUCGGCUUUCCUUGUCGGUUCGACCCCCAACCCCAUCCAGUGUACCGUUGCAACCCACGAAAAAAGUUUCGAGAUUUCGUUCACACCCACACAUUCGGGGCGGUAUUCUCUCGCUGUUCGACUCGGUAGAGCCAGGCCACAGGAGAAGUUGGCCUUUCUCUGCGUGUACCCUGACCCCGAAUGCCCCCUCACUCCGCGGGCUUUCAUUGGGACUAGAGAGAGACCGCUCAAGAAGCCGUGCAGUUUGACGAUAAACAAUCGUCGCGAAGUGCUCGUGUGCGAGCAAACCGGAAAUCUUGUGUCAGUUUUCGAUAUCGCAAACCCGCAACGAAUGAAGAGGAUGAUUGGGGAAGGGAGAGUGGACCAGCCGACUGGUGUAGCCGUUGACAAUGAAACUGGCGAUGUGUACGUCACCAGUCGUCACAAGCUACAGAAGUUCAGCGGUGAAACGGGUGACCUUCUGAACCAAGUAGGACACGAGGCGCGGGAAAGAAAUGACGAGGGGGGAGACGCAAAUGACGAGUUUCGGUACCCGCACAGUGUGACGUGUCACCGUGGCGAGGUUUUCGUCGCCGACCAGAAGAACGGGCGUGUCCAGGUAUUUAAUGCGAACUUGGCGUACCUUCGGACUGUUGCCCACGGCGACAGCAAUUCGUUCAACGACCCUAGCGACGUGGCAUUUGACGAGCACGGACGGAUGUACGUUGCCGAGUACGGUGCGGGAAAAAUUCAAGUUUUUUCGGCUCAACAAGGAAAUGAAAAACAGGGAAAAUGUCUGCAGACGAUAAAUAGAAACGAAUGUGACAUGAAACCGAGCUCAAUUCACGUCGUUAACGACCAUCUCUACGUCUCGGAUUUAAAACGAUCGGUCGUUGAUGUGUUCUGCACCUCUGGGGAGUUCGUGAGGUCACUAGGUUGCCGUGGUUACGGGGAAGGGGAGUGGUACGUGCCACAAGGCAUAGCGUCUGCCGAAGGGAAAAUAUUUGUCUGCGGUAGCGAAGAUGGACAUGUUCACAUUAUUUAG